UGGAGCUGCCCAACAUAAACAUCAAGCGUACGCGUUCAUCUCUUUCGCGGGUUCAGUGUGCAGACAGUAGUGGGGACCUCCUCCCCUGUCUCCUUUGAGUCUCUCUCUCUCUCUCUCUCACCCUCAAGUCUUGCUCCCUCACUUAUACCGCAUGACCGGCACGUGCCAAAUGCUUCUCCUCCCUCUCCUCCAUGAUGCUCUUAGUUGGAGAACUCCCACACUUCCUUCCUUCCACCCGAGAAACCCCCUCAGCAACAUCAAAAUUCUCUCUCCCUCAGUGUCAAAAUUCAUGUUCAGCCAUUAAAGAAGUUAGCAUGAAGACUCACCCCCAAAAGCUCAAAACCCAGCCCUCCCCUCGUCCCCUCUUCUCUUGCUCCUUCUUCCGCCACUGCACCCAAACCUCCCUCAGCCCCACCACCCCCACCCCUCCUCCCCUCCCUCUCUCUCCUUCUGACCCCCCUCCUCCUCCUCCUCCUCCGCCGCCACCUCCCCCUCCUCCGCCACCGCCCCCGCCACCCACGACCACUCACCCUCCCAAGAAAGCCGAGACCUCCUCUUCUUCCUCCUCUUCCUCCACUUCCCAGAGCUUCACCCUCUGGAAAUUCCCACUACACUCACCUCUCCACCACCACCAUAACCACCCUCCACCCACUCAGCAGCCGCCGCCGCCGCCUCCUCCUCCUCCGCCACCCAUUUCGCCCGCCGUCCUCCAGGAUCUCUUCCACUCGGCGGAGCUCCGGUUGACCACCGGUUCUGGCCCGGACCAGCUCUCGGCCCUCCACCUCUUGGAGACCUCCCUGGUGCCGAACCCGCCGCUGGAGCCCAGUUGCCCGUUUGGGCUCAUGCGUGCCGUCGUGAGCUGCAUGCGGACCCACGUGGGCCCCAAGUCGGCCACCAAGAUCCUCUUCGCCCUCUGCCUGGCGGAGGACAACCGCCGGGUGGCGGUGGAGGCGGGGGCCGCCGGGGCUGUCGUGGAGUCGGCGAUGGAACUGGAGGCGGCCGCCGCGGAGAGGGCGCUCGCGGCGCUGGAGCUGAUGUGCACGGUCGCCGAGGGGGCGGCGGAGGUGCGGGCCCACGCCCUGGCGGUGCCGGUGAUGGUGGAGAUGAUGGGGCGGAUGGAGGGGCGGGGGAGGGAGCACGCGAUCAGCGUACUCGCCGUGAUAUUCUGCGGCUGCGGCGGCGGCGGAGGAGGAGAAGGGGAGGCGGCGGGGGUGGCGCCGCCGGAGGAGGUGGCGCGCGCGGUGAUGCUGGCGCUGCAGGGGGACUGCAGCGGGCGGGGGAGGAGGAAGGGGGCCCAGCUGCUGAAGGCGCUCCAGGAGACGGUUGGAUGCGACUCGGGCGGGAGGAUGAACGGCUGCGAUCUGUCUGCUUUGGGAGUUUAGGCGC